GAGCAGAGUGGUGACCUGAGUCUAUGCAGACUUGUUGAUGCUGCUCUCCCUCACCCACCUUCUCCUGCUGUGGAGUCAUCACAGCGGCUCUGCCCAACACACCAGAGAACUACAACCACGUCACCAAUACUCUCCUUCCCACUUCCACUUGGUACUGCCCCUUCUCUGGGUCUGACAGCUGCUCCAUGCCCUCCCACCCAUGAGGUUCCAACCUUAGUCCCUCACUUUCAACAGACUCCCAGUGCCACUUCACUUCCCAACACAGCUGCAAGCUCCUGGGGCCCGGCAAGAUAUACCCAGAAGAGCAUUCGGUUGCCCGCUGCCACUUCUCUGUCACUGACAAUGAUGGAGCCUGACAACGUAUCUACCCUGACAGAGGAGUGUCUCCUUCAGCCGAGCCGCACCUGCCUCGGUUGCUUUAUUGAGACCUGUGAUGCCACCUCUGUACAAAACCCACCACAUGAGCCUAGCACAAGCCCUAAUUCAGAAACUGGACUAAGCGCACGGAUAGGGGAUGUGAACCGUGAGGAUUUUGCUGACAUCAACAACAUCAGCAUCCAGUGCCUGAGCCAUGCGGGGGAGGCAGUGAGUCACUACGGAGAGCAGCUCCUCUCUGACCAGCUACUUAGUUUUCCCUUACCGAAAGCCUCUGAUGAAGGCAAGAGGGUGGAAGCAAACAAACCUGCAAAUGACUGUGAUGACCCCCAGGUUGAUGCAACAACUAAGAACUUGUAUGAAGGACUGUUACUGGAUAAAGUCAGUGGAGAAGAGGUAUUGUUGGCUAACGCCAGCCAGGACUGGGGCUACUUUGAAUCCUUCAUCAGCGAGAGUAAGAUGGAGCUCCUUGAUCUCUGCUCUAAGAAUGAGUUGUCAGUCAACCUCUUCUCUGAAGAAGAUGUUGACAAUUUAUUUGAUGAUGAAGAUGACGACUCUACAUUAAGCAGUGAUGUUUGUUCGCUAAAGAUUCGAUAUGAGUCAUUUCAGGACAACAUGAGGGAAAAGACAAACGUGCUCCAGGAAGAGACACAGUUUAAUUUUUUCCCUAGUGUCCUGGCUAACUGUGCCAAGAAAGAAGAAGGAGUGGGAGUCAUGAGGAGGAGUGUUGACGAGCUUCAGCCCAAAACCGAUGAGCUCAUCCUACAACCAGAAAUGGAGGAGAACCCAGGUGACUGCAGUGGCCAAAGCCCUCUUGAUGGCUCCCACGGCUCACCCAUGUCAACUCCAAAAGUAAACUAUGUAAUCGACUUUAAUUCUACAGAGGAAUCAGGUGAAUUCAGUGAUGACAGCUCUUGCACUGGUUCCUCCUCAGACACUGUACAGGAGGGCAAAUUUAAAAAGGGUCACUCCAAAAGAUUCCUCAGUCCUUCAAAUCCUCUUAACUAUGGUUUACGCUCCAAAAGAAAGGUUCGAUACAGUGAUGAUUACUUGUAUGAUGUUGACUCGCUGGAGAGUGAGAAGAAUGCUGAGAAAAAGGAGAAACCACCACCUGGUUUGAAAGAGGAGGAAGAUGUAGACUGGUGUCCCAAAAAACGGAGAAAAUCGUGUCGCAAAGAGCCACCUGUGGUCAUCAAGUACAUUAUCAUCAACAGGUUUAAAGGAGAGAGACUCAUGUCGGUAAAACUGGGCAAACUAAACCCUGUAGAUGAUAUUGUGAGUUUAAACGCCAACACCUUAAGCAAAUAUGAGACACUGGCUCCCCUGAAGGAUUACUGGCAGGCAAAGCAAAGAGAAAGACAGGAGCAUCUAAAGCUGGUUGCCAGAGAGAGGCAACAACGUGGUUUUCAUCUUAACGGACGCCACCAUCGCCCUUUUAAUUCUGGUCAUCCUAAGAGGAAAUAUAAGAUUGCAAACAGAAUAAAGGUUCAAGGGAUUCACACUUUGGAGCAAUCAGUCAUCGUGCAUGGUCCUCUGCGCUCUGAUCAGGCCCUUAGAGGUGUCACUAAAGAAGAGGGCACCCCCUUGGUGGGGGAGAUAACAGCAGGCAUCCCAGUCACACUGGACCUAAAAUCCAUCUCUGACACAGUUAUAAUCAAGAGUCGCUCACAGGAAAGGGAGGAGAGAGAGGGAAGGAGAUUGGGAAGAAAUAAAAUGGUGAGGAUAGGAAAAUUCAAAAGUGAAGCCAGGCUGAGAAGCCUGAAAAUGAAAGAGGCAGAAGGAGAAGAGAGGAAGAGCGUGACAAAUGAAACGGAUAGCACUGAAGCAAACAGUGAGGACCUUGCUGCUGGGCUAAAAGAUGCAAGCGCGAACUCAAACUCAACAGCCAAACCAGAUUUUGCUGACAAUGCCAUCACAACUGAUACAGACAAGACUAAGUUUUCAUUUGUUUCAUCCUCUUGCCCUCCUGACAAAGCGUCGCCCUCAGAAGAGGUGGAAACCGGUGUUCCUGUUAUCCCAGGGGGAUACCUGCAGACCUUGCUAGAUGCUACAGACACAUCCGGAGGUGCAUCUAUCCCAUAUUUCCCUCAGCAGCCCUCCAGACAACAGUAUCCUGUGGGCAUUUCCCUAGAAGAAAAGCAAUUUUGCUCUCUUCAACUUGCUCAAAGCUGUGUGCUCUCCCCUCCUUCUGAAUCGGAGCUGCAGCAGUCUCCCCAGAAUUGCCCCAGCUUCCCCCAAAUGUGGCAUCCGCAACUCUGCACCAGUCAUAGUCAGAACUUUGGUCCCGAGACCCCUGAGACCCCUAUCUUACCCAACAGCUUUCCAGCUGCUGUACCCGUAAGUGAGACCCUGCCUGUUUCUAAUUAUAGCCAAGUAAGCCCUGAGGGUGAGCGGAUACUUUACGAGAAAAGCUACCUGACUGAAUCUGGACUACAUCCUGGAGCAGAUCUGCCAGUGUGUCAGUCAUCUCGUGUAGAGGGCCAGGUGCAAUACCAGAGAGGGUCUCUGUCCACUGACAACGGAAGACUCAUCAGCUAUGACUCAGUAGGCUCCUUAUCAGCCUCCUCAAGCAAUUACAGUUCACUAAGCCUCAAAUCUUGUGAGCGAGAAGGUGAGGAGGAGGGGCGAGACAGUUUCUUAGCUCAUUGCAGUCCUAAAAUGGUGAUUCAGCAGAGUAUGGAUGCCCUCACACCACUCAGGGAGUCUUCAGACCUGCUGGACAUCUCCAAUUUUACCCCUGAUAAAUUUAGACACUCAUCAUUGUCGGAGCUUUCCCCGCCUGAGACGCCUAACCUCUCCCCACAGGUUGCGGGUCGUGAGAUGAAGAUACCAGGGAAUGUUGGAAAGUAUCAGGAUGUGAACGAUAUGUCUACGGAGCGCAACAGGGACUCCAAGUGGAACUGUGACAUUAUGCAGCAACAGGAGCACACAGGAAAUGCCUACACAGUGGAGGACAGUCAGUUUCCACUGCAUAACUUUAAUAGCCAGGAUGUCUUAUGUUUAGAUAAAAAGAGGGACCUGGGGGCUACAGAGUUUAAUGAGCAGACUGAUGAAAUGACGGGGGCUAAAAGUAUCAAGUCAAAGAGGAAAGGCAAUUACAAACAGGCAGCUGCAGGACAGAGCCCAAAGAAAGCCCGGGCCCCGAGAACCACUAAGUCAGAAAAAGUAAAGACCCCCAAACCGAAUUCCCGUUCAACCAAAAAGAUUAAGGCCAUGUUAGAAGGUAAGGCAGCCAAGAACCAGGCAGAAGGGUGCGGUACAGGGCUGGCCGACAGCACAAGCGGCGGGGACUGGUCUGGCACUGGCUGGUCAGAGAACAACAGUCUAGUCGGAGACGAUCAGAGAGAGUUUGAGGAACCCUCCAAUAUUCUGUCCAACAUUGUCUCUGGCAUGGCUGAGGUACAGAGAUUCAUGAUGGCUUCCAUCGAGCCGUUGUGGAAUCCAAUGUCGGAGGCCGGCACACCCUCUGAGGCCAAUAGCCUCAACCUAAAGACUCUUAAAAUCUUGGCAGGCACCGAAUCUGAUCUAAAGAAAAAGGGUGCCAUGCUAACAGGGGCUGGGAGAGGCAGAAAGGCAGGGGGGAAAGGAGGAAAAAACCAGGCCAAAUUCAACCCCACACAUCCCUUAUUCCCGCAACUAGCUCUGGGCUGUGACAUGUUUGAUAAACCCAACUUUAUUAACCCGGGGCCCGCACACAAAAAGCUGUACCGUCACAAGACCAGUGCAAAGUUUCCUCGCAUUGAAACGUUGAAGGGGAAGCGAGCUGAGAGAGACCCAAAUAAGGACAUAGCACUGAUGACCUCUUUUGAGAAACUGAGGUAA